AUGAGUUCUGCAGCGAAGUGCACUGUUGCAUCAACAUCGCGCUUUCCUCAAUACCCUAAGCCAGAGAUGAUGCAGCAGUAUCCUCCUGUAUGCCGGCAAAACAUGCAACAAAUGUACCCUCCCAACUACCCUCGUUCUCCAUCUCGUAUACCUCAGACUGAUCACACUAGCCACUGGAUGAAUGGGCCAUAUACAGCAGGAUACGCUAACUCACCUAUUCCCUCUGCUGCACCUUCUGUGAUGUCUCAUAUCAGUAUGCAAGAUGACCUCGUUUCUGUGAUGAGCGUGCAAACAACGCUAAAUGCUAGUACUGCACCCUGUCCUCAAGAUCUUACUGAGCUGGCAAAAAAUGUUGAUCCCGCUAUGAUUCAAGAAGUUCGAAGAAAUGUCGCAUAUUCUAUAAAUAACUUCUACAGCAAUGAUCAGUUCAAGAUUAUUCAGUGUAUAUGCCAUUACGCACAACGUAAUAUGUUCCAAUUUGUUGAUAUGACCAGCGUUCACAAGCUGCUGCUUCUGAUAGCUCAAUUGUUGAAAAAUACAGCUGAUCCUAACUUCCGACGUCAGAAUUCUUUGCAAACCAGCAACUUGUUGCUCAAUGCCAUAUUCUACUUGAGCAGAAAUCCAACGACGUUAAGAGUUGUGAUGCAUGUGGCAUCUGAUAAGAACACUGCCGAAUUCAUCUACAUCAUCGCCCAUUUUGCCAAGGUGAAUCUCAAUUGGGCUGCUGCACUCACUCUUCAUACGCUUUUUGAUUAUAGUGGUCCAGAAGGUGCUAAAUGCAUAGUUUACGCAAAGCAAAUACAACCUGGAGCGGUAUUGGAUGCUUUGCUGCAUAUUCUGAAGGAAAAGCCGGAUCGCAAGAGGACUCUUUUCGUUCUACAUUCACUUCAGCUCCUUGCUCGAAAGGAUAAUAGUGCAAAGCAACAUAUUGUACAGUCGUAUGGUGGUCGCUUUAUAGAACUGCUAGUUGGAUCUACUCAAGGUGGCUUAUUGGCUCUAGCAGACAAUGCUAGAGAUCAGGGUCGCCUUCUUUAUAGAAUAUUUGCCUUGCUUAAUGUAGUAAUGGCUAGUCAAGCAGCAGCAGAGAUGUUCGUGCGUUGUGGCGGGCUUCAGAAGGUGUGUGAACGCCUGUUCCAGUCGACGGACGUCCUGCGAGAAGGUAUUCAUCUCGUUGCUUUGGCUAGUGAUGUAAAAGCAGUCGAUGAUCAAGAUUUGAGAAUUGCUAUCCGACAGGUGUUAGAUAUUUUAUGUCGUUCAAAUGACCGCGAUCUGUUUGUGCGGAGGUACAGCUCUGGUUUCUUAGUAAAUAUUAUGGCCAAUCGACCUGUGAAUAAGGCGCGUAUUGUUUCUAGUCUGGAACAGUGGGGUCAAACAAAAGAAACGAAAGGCAUGAUUGAGGAAUUGGUUGACAACAUCUUGUUAUCUCUCAACUCUCUUAUAAUGGAACCUUUGAAGCCAGAGGCAACAAGGGCUCGAGAUGUGUGCCUAUCACAGGUACCUUGCCUACCCAUAUUUUCAGAUCGGUUGUAA